CAUUUUCAGCAUCGAAGAAACAGCUGAGUAGCGAGUUUGCUGCGGGACCAGCAGAGAAAAACUAUCUUUUUUGUUUUACUUUUUUACAUAUGGCGUGACGUAGUGUUGAUACUUGAGACCCUAGAAUUAGAUAAACAUAAAUGAAAAUGGCCAACAUAUCAACCAUAAAUUGGCUAUUCGUGUGCGGUAUCUCCUUUUGCCUGGGAGGCAUUGCAGUGCUCAGUUUUAUGCCGCUAAGCUCAGACUGUAUAUGCCCGCUAAGGAACCCGUUGAGCAAACUAGGUACAAAGGAAAAUGUGGCAUCAAAACCAUUCAACGCACAUUCAACACACAAAAUGGCAGUUUUGGUGCCGUUUCGGGAUCGAUUCGAAGAACUGCUGCAGUUUGUGCCUCAUUUAACACAGUUUCUGCGACGGCAAGGCAUCGAUCAUCAUAUAUUUGUGCUGAAUCAAGUGGACAGAUAUCGCUUCAAUCGUGCCUCUCUCAUCAAUGUGGGAUUCCACUUUACCAGCGAGGUCUACGAUUAUAUUGCCAUGCAUGACGUUGAUCUGCUACCACUCAACGAUGAUCUGCUCUAUGAGUAUCCCAGCAGCUUGGGACCACUGCACAUUGCGGGCCCCAAGUUACAUCCUAAGUAUCAUUACGAUAACUUCGUAGGUGGCAUUUUGUUGGUGCGUCGCGAGCACUUUCAGAAAAUGAAUGGCAUGUCGAAUCAAUACUGGGGCUGGGGCCUGGAAGAUGAUGAGUUCUUUGUGCGCAUUCGGGACGCUGGUCUGCAAGUGACGCGGCCACAGAACAUUAAGACGGGCAUCAACGACACCUUUAGCCAUAUUCAUAAUCGCCAUCAUCGCAAGCGGGACACACAAAAGUGCUUUAACCAAAAGGAAAUGACACGCAAACGAGACCACAAUACGGGCCUCAAUAAUGUCAACUAUAAGAUUUUAAAAGUCCAUGACAUGCUGAUCGACAGUAUUCAGAUUACCAUACUUAAUAUCCUAUUCGAAUGUGAUGUAAAUAAAACGCCUUGGUGCGAUUGUUCGGGAACAGCAGCAGUUGCAUCUGCUGUACAAACCUAGUUAAAUGAAAAAACAAUGAUUUCCAUA